AUGGGUAUGUUUCUUUCCUAUUUUUCUAAUUUUUGGGUCUUAUUCUGCCCAGCUUACCUAUUUUUUAUGGGUUUGGGGGAAUGGAAAAUCAAGUCCUCUAUUUUUCUUGAUUCCAGGUCUCGUUCAAGAACUUUCUAACGGAAACGUAAAGGUCAACCCUUUCGGACUCCCCAAGACUGCUCAGUGCGCUGGUGGAAACAAGGAUGAAGUGGAGUUUGGAAGUGGAAAAUACUACGCUCUCUGCGGAUUCGGUGGAAUCCUUUCUUGUGGUAUCACUCACACCGCCAUCGUUCCUUUGGAUUUGAUCAAAUGCCGUAUUCAGGUAGGCCCUUUGAUUAGUUUGUUUGUUUUUAGGCAUAACAACGAGUGAUUGAAGUUUUCUGCGGUGUUAUUAUUUUUCGAAUUUCUUUGGCUGACGAAUAGUGCAAUAUUGGUAUUUGAAGUCCAAUUCUUUCAGGUCAACCCCGAGAAGUACAAGGGAAUCUUCGGUGGGUUCCGUACGACCGUUUCUGAAGAAGGAGUCCGCGCCUUGGCCAAGGGAUGGGCCCCAACUGCCAUUGGAUACUCUCUGCAAGGUCUCGGCAAAUUCGGAUUCUACGAGCUGUUCAAGAUCGUCUAUUCCGAUGCCAUUGGCCCCGAAUUGACCUACCAAUGGAGAACCACCCUCUAUUUGGCUGCCUCCGCUUCGGCCGAAUUCUUCGCCGACAUGUUGUUGGCUCCCAUGGAAGCCACCAAGGUCCGUAUUCAAACCGCUCCUGGUGCUCCACCAACCCUGAGAGGAUGCGUUCCAUUCAUCUACAAGAACGAGGGUCUCACCGGCUUCUACAAGGGACUUCCCCCACUCUGGCUUCGUCAGAUCCCCUACACGAUGAUGAAGUUCGCUUGCUUCGAAAGAACCGUCGAGCUUUUGUACAAGCAUGUCGUUCCCAAGCCAAGAAACGAAUGCUCCAAGAGCGAGCAGCUUUUGGUGACUUUCGUCGCUGGAUAUAUUGCUGGAGUCUUCUGUGCCGUCGUCUCGCAUCCCGCUGAUACUGUCGUCUCCAAAUUGAACCAGGACGCUAAUGCUUCCGCCGUCGAUAUUUUGAAGAAGUUGGGUCCAGUUGGUAAGUUAUUUCCUAUUUGUUUUCUGCCUUUAGAUACCGAGUUCGUCAUGCACAAUGUUAAUUGAAAAUACCUUUUCAGGAGUAUGGGGUGGACUGUUGCCUCGUAUCAUUAUGAUCGGAACCCUGACCGCUCUUCAAUGGUUCAUCUACGACUCGGUGAAGGUGGCCUUCAACCUGCCUCGUCCCCCACCACCAGAGAUGCCCGAGUCCUUGAGAAAGAAGCUGGAAGCCCAAGGAAAGAGCGCCUAA